GGUCGAUGGAAGGGCCGAUGGAAGGGCCAAUGGAAGGGCCAAUGGAAGGGCCAAUGGAAGGUCUCUUACCCCGUCUUUCCAUGCCUCCUAUCGGCAAAGGAUAAAGAAAAAAAGAAAAGAAAAAAAAAAACAAAAAACAAAAAAAAAGAAAAGAAAAGAAAAGUUUCUGAUCUCUCGUAGAACUUUCUAAAUCUGGAUGCAUAUUAUUGCACAUUAUCAAGAUUUAAAAGCGAUGCACACCGCGGCAUCGAAUGCCUACAGUUCUGGAUAUCGUUUAUGUUCGAGAGACAAAAGUAAACUGCGACCGAAGAAAACGAUAAGAUGGGGAUGAGUUCGUAAAGCGCAUGCGCUUAGGGAGAAGGGAUGAAGUAAUAUGCGAUGUAAAGAAAGGCUAUAAGAUAAUGAUAUAAUCAUUGGAAAGGGAUGCAGGUGUUUAAUUGCGUAUAAUUUGUUCGAUAAAAGGGUAAAAAUGUCUAAAACUCGAUAAACGUGUGUCCCGUAUGUAUUGACUUUAAUAGAAUUCUUUACGUUCACACGAAUUUGAAUUAUUGAGCGAUUACUAUAAGGAGCAUAAUUGGAAUACUUAAUGAAGGUAAGCAAACUUAAGGGGUUGAAGUCAAUCGAUAGACGGGAGUCACUUUAGACGACAGUAUGACCUCGAAAGGUGAAGACUAUCUCGACAACGAGUACUAUAUUUACAAUCGACGAUUAUUUCGAUUGAUUGGAUUAUGGGAAGAUAAGGUAUCAUUGAAGAAAUUCAUUUACAUUUGUUUCCUCAAUUUUAUAAUAAUCAUUGCGGUAUUCGAACACAUUUAUGGGAUUUUCACGUUAAAAGGAGAAUUAAAUGCAAUUGCUAAAUUAUUGGAAACGACCUUGAUUACAUUGUGUUUCGGAUCAUGCUACUACAAUCUAUUAUCGAAUAGUAUUAUUAUGAAGAAAAUUCUUCGUCGUAUAGAUUGCGAUUGGUUGGAAUUUGCGAACAAACAGGAAUUAAUAAUAUUAAAAGAGUAUGCUAAUAUAAGUAGAAUGUGUACCAUUGGAAACAUAAUCUCCUUUUACAUGUAUAUGGGAUUUUUGAUAUUUCCAUCAUUUCAAAGUUUCAUACAGUACAUCUUUGGUGUAAUAAGUUACAAUGAAUUAAUUUUACCCGUUCAUUUUGAAUAUUUUAUGAAAAAUCAUAUUGUUUAUUAUUUUGGCCUUUGGACUCAGUGCGCAGCAAUAAUUUUCCUAUGCACAGUAGCAAUUGGGAAUUAUACGAUGUUUAUUGCAGUAAUAUUGCAUGCUUGUGCAUUAUUUAAUGUCGUAGUAUGGAGGAUAAAUGAUAGAUUUAAAGAUAAUCGAAAUAAUUUUUAUGGUAACAAUGAGAAUGAUAAAUUAUUAGAUGAGAAUGAAUGGAUCGUCGAUAUCAUCAAAUUCUACAAAUCCGUCAUAGAACUGGUCGAUUUAAUAAAAUUAUUUUACGAAGGAAUUAAUAUAUUCGAAGGAUUUUUCGCUAUGCUAAUCACCAUGAUAGAUUACUUUUACUUAUUUCAAUUACUUACUUCUGACGUAAACAAGACCGACGGUUUGAAAAAAUUAUUAUACGUUAUUGGAUCUAUGUCCGUAAUUUUUGUUUACUUUCAUCUUGGACAACAAUUAAUAGAUCACAAUAAUUACGUAUUUGUAACAAUAUGUCAAAUUCCAUUUUAUUCGUUAUCAUUGAAGACACAAAAAUUAAUACUAUUUUUGAUAAUGAGGAGCAUGAUAGUAUGCAAUUUAUCAUGGAAGGGUACAAUAGUAUUCUCUCACAAUCUAUUUACAGUGUUCAUCCAGAAGUCACUGUCUUUUGCUAUGGUAUUCUAUAAUUUGCAAUGAAUUUAUACGAAGAAAAUACCAUGUGACAUUUGAUCAUUAUACAGUAUUAUAAGAAUACCAUAAAACUGUUAUAUAUUUGUUGUUUUCAAAUUACGUGAAUAAAUAAUUUUUCUAAACGAACUACUCUCUGUCAUGGUAAUAUUUUUUACUGAUAAGAAAUCUUAUUAUCGAUAGCUAAUUUAUUUGCAAAUUAAUUAAUUUUAAUAUAACAAUAAGUUGAAGAAGGAAAUGUUAAAAUAAAAUUUGAUACAAUCAUUAUGCAAUGAGGUUAUCUUAUGCGAUUAUUAAAAUGCAUGACUCAUUGUUAAACCCU